AUGAAGACACAAGCACUGCUACAACUACAUCUACUUGCAUUGCUAUUCAUUGUUUGUUCAUCACUCUCCUACUCUCCAUCAAUAAUUAACUCACAACACCAACAACACCAACAACAACAACAACAACAUCAACAACAUCAACAAUAUCAACAAGUAGAUAUAACAUCAUCAUCAUUGGAUAUUGGAGAUUGUGAGAUUGGAGUUGAUAAUACAUUGGACUAUGUCAUUGGUAUUGAUAUUGGUAGUUCAUACUCAUCAGUCAGUGUAUACAGGAAUGGUUACUACGAGACAGUCCAUAAUGAAAGUGAUAAGAACAACUAUGUAACACCAUCCUACGUCGCGUUCUCAAAUGGAGAGAUACUUGUUGGAGAAGCUGCAAAGGACCAGGCCAUCAGCAAUCCCCAGAACACUAUAUCCAUGAACGAUAUUAGAUCGCUCAUUGGAAGAAGGUAUUCAGAUCAACAUGUACAGGAUAGAGUGAAGACGUUGACAUUCAGGGUAGUUGACAUAUAUGACAAGCCAUACAUUGUCGCCAAGCUCAAUGGCGAGGACAAAUCAUACUCGCCAGAGGAUAUCUUUGGUAUUUUCUUGAACAGAAUGAGGGAGAAGGUUGAAGGCUACUUCUUUGGUGUUCCGAUCAAACAUGCAGUGAUAACAUGCCCAGUUAGCUUCAAUGGGGUUCAACGACAGUCGAUCAGAGAUGCUGGAGCAUUGGCAGGACUUAAUGUGAUACAAGUCAUCGAUGAACCAAUUGCCGCUUGUCUCUCUUACGAUCUCAACAGAGGUGUAGGCGACAGGAAUAUCUUGGUGUUCGACUUUGGAGCGGACAAGGUGGAGGUCACUAUCUUGAAUGUGGACAAUAGAGGUGUCUUCAAAGUAUUGUCCAACACUGAUGUACAGAGUGGAGCGGACAUCAUUGAAGGCGAGGACCCACUGGAGACAGUCAAGCAAGUGUUGGAGAUCAGUGGAUUGAACAAGGUAGACAUUAGCAAUAUCGUCAUGGUUUGCCAAUACGGCCACCUUCAUAAUGUCAACCAACUGUUGACAGACUUCUUUGAUGGCAAGCAGACAUUAAGAGACAUCGACCCUCAUUAUGUACUAUCAGUUGGCGCUGCCAUUAGUGGUGCCAGAUUAAUCAAAGAGUUACCCGACAAUACCAAUGCACAACAGCCAUUGGUGAUCCAGAGUGGUACACACGAUGAACUAUAG